CCGUCCCCGGCCCGGGGUGGGCGCGGCCGGCUGUAGGGGGAGCGGGAAGGGCGGAAGCCUGGGGCGCGCUGUCGGGGCCUUGCGCCGCGGCCGGAGCUGCGUGUGGGGCCAUGUCUGUCGGCAGGAGGCAAGCUCUCUAGAUCCUCAGACACAAAACACUGGGUACUCAUAUACAGCUUUGGGCACUCAGCGUUUAGAGAUUGCACCUGUGAAGUGCUGAAUGUUUACAGCAAUGGUUCUCAACCUGUGGCUCAGUCGGCACGCAGCUGCGGCCCAUGGGACAUCCUCAGGGCCAUAUAGUGUUCAUAGGGAAAGUACUGAAGAGGCUCUUCGCUGCUACUCCCUCCGCUUCUCAUGUGCCUGUUCCAAGUGGAGAAGAGAUGGUACUAAAAACUCCCACGUCAAAACCACAGCAGAAGGAUUCUGAGAAUACUCAGGCUUCAUCAAAAUGUGCCAGUUCGCCAGGUGGAGAAAAUCAAAUCCUUCUUCCAAGGUUAUACACAGUAAGUCUCCCUCCGGAUAGCUACGUCCCAGGUAAUCCAAGAACAGAUAGUCCCACAAAUGCUGAACACUCAGAGAGUAGUGAUGAUGCAGCGGUGGAGGAUUCUUGCGGACAACCCAAGAGAAAGCGCAUUCGAAGGACGAAACGAAAGAACAGUGUUGGAAAUCCUGAUAAUUUACAUGGAGAACAAACAGAAUCUGGGAAGCAUGAGACUCUGUUUCAAGAUAAUUUACAGCUGCAGCAGACAGAUGGCAGAAAAAUAAGCAAAAACAAAAAGAGGAAAAUGAAAAAGAAACGACAAAAAGAAAAGAUGAGAGCAACUGGCUUGCUAACAAAAACCACUGGUGUGGAUUUUACGUAUCAGCCUGAGAAGGACAACAGUGAAGGAGCAGACUUUAAAGACAUAUAUGAAAAAGCAGAUGGCAUUCUGGACUUCUUGCAGGCAACGCAAGAAAUCUAUUUUGCUGACAAUAAAUCAAAAUGCACGGAUUCAGCUAUGAGUUCAGCAACUGUCCAAGAGAUUUUACAACAUCUUGAAUCUCACAGCAUGGCUUCCUCAGAUGUGACACUUCUACAUCAGAUGAAAUCCCUUGUACUUUUGCAGGAUAUUGAGAGAUUGAAGGGCAUUUUGGAACAAUUCCAAGAACAUUCCAUGAUGCUGCCAGAUCAUGCCAAGAUAAUCUCUUGUCUGUUCCACUACUGGAUUACAGAUAUCCUUCCUGGGAAGAACAGGAAAUAAAGCAUGUGUGUGUGUCCAUCUGUGCAGAGUUAAAAUUUAAUAUACCAACUGUAAGCUGAAUAGCGAAUGUUCAGAAAUAGCAGCGUACAUGCUGUAUAUUCAGCAAGGUAAAUGAGGUAUUUUUCAUAUCAUUGACUGUCCUCCAAAAGAUAAUGAGCAAUAUAAAAGUACUUUGAUUUUGUAUUUUGGUUGGUUGGGAACAUCUUACAUGUGGACAUGCAUCAAUCAAAUCAUUUAACAUAGAGCCUGAAUCGGCAGUUGGAUCUGUGCAAACAGAUGCAUCUUUUUACGGGAUUAGGGACAUAUGGGAUGGUUUCUAGGUGCUCAAAGAUUCAAGAGGUACAUUAAACUUAAAUGUUUGUUGGUAAUUUCUUUCUAGAAAAUGUGCUUCUUAGCCAUUAUUGUUUACAGAGUGUCAGAAUAUAUUCUAGGUGGAAUUUAUAGUACCACCUAUUGGUAAGGUAGCCCAACACUUCCCAUAUAAGACCUUUUUUUUUUUGUUGCAUUUAAUUUUGCCAAACUUUAAUCACUUGAGCUGAAAUUUUCCAUGCUGGGUGACCUGCCGCAGGCUGACUUUUUUGGAAAGUUCAGCCACAACAGUUCUGCUGUUUUUGAGAAAGACAAGAAGGAAAAUAAAGUUGUUUUUAAAACUCUGAGAACAUCUCCUUUCUAGCCAUGCUGUUUUAUUAAACAUUUAAAUAAUUUUAAAUUACAUAUAUAUUUAUAAAUUUAUUUUUAAAAAAUUCUGAUUAUCUUUUCUUUAGAAAGCUCUAAUAAGUUCCUCCAUGCACUGUAGCAGGGACCUGAAAUUUGGCAAGGGCUGGCAUUUGUGUCAGGGAUGUGUCUCUCGUGGUCGUUGUGAAAAUCUGUCCAAAUUUGUCAAAGUUAUAAACCUUUGAAAUAUUGCAGUUCGCAAUACUCGGUAGAGAUUUGCUAGAGUUUAAUAGCUACCGUCUCCAAAGAUUCCAUCUCCUCACAGUUCCUGUGUGUGACUGGACUGUGCAGGCUCCCCCCAGCCCAGAGCUACAGAGUGAAGUCUGACUUUCCCUAUAAUGGCUACUCCGGGCAAGAGUGGAUCUGGGCACCAGAAGUGAGCUCAGGGAACCUGUCUCUCCUGUGCCAUUAAUAACCCCCAUAUUGGCACCCAGGCUUGGAGUGAAGAGGUAAACCGGGACCCAACAUAAGGAAUAUGAAGGGAUGAGACUAGGACUUACCAGUGCAACUUUCAUUCAGCCCCCUUAUGCAUAUGCAUUAUGAUAGUCUUUAAUUACAUGAUCACAUCCUAUUUUUUCCACAGGAUCCCACCUUAUUCAGUGCACAGGAUGGACCCCUCUGGGGAUCGAUCAAGGUGGUUUUGCAGAAGUGGGAAGGUGUGCAGUGAAGGAAGCAGGGUAUUGUUGAAAGAGAAAGGAUUGUCUCCUGGUUAAGGCAGCUGAAUGCUGCCCUGAAGAACUGGAUUUUAUGACUGCCUCUGCCACAGAGUUCUUAUGCUAGGCAAGUCACUUAAAUCAAACUUUUCACAGGUGGUCACUAAUUUUGUUCUUCAUUUUCUGUUUACCUGACUUGAGAGGCUGGGGUCUGUUUUGCAGAAAUGUUGAGCACUCACAGCUGCAAACAUCUGCAAAGCCACUUCAUUGUCCUCCUUCAAAUCCCUCCAUAAAAUUCUUCUUUCCUGUGAGGCCUACAAACUUGACAGUUUAUUAUGCUGACCAAAAUUAUCUCAUAGUUUCCUUGUACUCCCCUGUCGGUCUGUCUGCUCCAUUGAUUGACUCUUGUCGUAUACUUACAUUGUAAGCUCUUUUGGGCAGGGCCGUUCUUUUCUGUGUUUGCACAGUACCUAGCACAGUGGAGUACAGGUCCAUGACUGGAACUCCUAAGCUCUACUGCAAUACAUAUAAUGAUGGUGAUAAGUGAAGUCAGUGGGAGCUAUGCUUUGAAUAUAUAAAGUGCUAUACAAUGCUAAGCACCUUGAAAAGUCAAGCACUGGGUAUCUCAGAUUGGGCACACAAAAUCAGUUGACACUUCUGACCUUGAUUUCCUGUGCCUCCGUUCCCCACGCCUUCACAUCACAAGGGUGUUGCGAACAUUUGUGAAUGUUUGUGAAGUAGUUGGAUGCUAUAGAGAGGAGCACCAUAGAAAAGCCCAUGAGGAAAUUAAUAAUUUAUUUUUUCAGAGCAGGGUUUGAAUAGUGCCCAGAAAAUAAGGCAUUGCACCGCACAGUGAAAAACUAGGAGAAAACAAAAUAUUGAAUAGCUGCUUAUUAAGUGAGCACUGUCCAACCUGUGCACUGAAUGAGGCAGGAGUCCUAAGCACAGCAUACUUGUGUUCAUGUAAUUAAAAACUAUAUAAUAAAGAACGUGCACAAAGGGUCCAAAUUCAGGUUGCAUGAGCCAGCAGCUUUAAUUUGGCUGCUUGCACUUUGGCAGCACACAGGAAAGGAGAAUUAGUCACUGCUGCUGGCAGCACACCUCAGGCAUGUUGGGACUGGAUGGGGUGUGGUCCAUGGUUCCUAUCCAUUUACUCACAUGCUGUUGCUGGUAAGAUGGGCCCGUUACAGUGUAAGAGGAUGGAGAGCACUGAGUGAUUGGAAGAGGGUGAGAUGUAUAAUAGAAAUAGUUUCAUAUCCAUUCCUCCCAGCGCUGGGACCUAUUUUAUUGAAUUGUUCCAGAUGGAAGAACAUUGUAUUAAUAAUGGUAGAACAUUGAUUAAUGUAUUUGAUCUUCCACAAACAUCUUCUCUGUACUGUAAUAUUAGUUCAUUUUUAAUUAAUCAACAUUUAGGUGGAUUAGACAAUUUUGUCCUCUAUGCAGUUAGGACUGGAAUGGAAAAGGUGCUGUCCAAGUAGGAAAUGACCGCAACGAGCCAAUAGUGAAAGGCUGUGUUCAGUAUGAUAGAAUUCUACAGUUGGAAACUCUAAACCAUGUCUUGUAAUAAUAUUUCCAUUUUAAUGCUUGGUCUGUUCCCUCACCAUAAAAAGGAUUUGAUCAUGUGCAGUAUUCAUUUAAAACAGUGCAGCUCAAAUUUAAGUUGCUGCAUACUUAAAGGGGCCAGACUCUGAUACCGUCACUCACAAGGAAGAACAUUUUACUCCAUGUGUAAUCUCAAUGACUUCUGUGGGACUAGUCGCAGAGUAAAUUGCUACUCAAUGUGAACAAGGCUAUCGGAAGUUGGACCAAUAAAAGAUAUUACCUCA